ACCACCGAACCCUUCCAUCAUCAAAAUCCCGCCGCCACCUCUCCCGCCGCCCUCGGAGAGGACUCGUCAAGAUGGCGGGCAAACAGGAAUCCCUCUUCCGCUCGCAGGAGAUGACGCUGACGCAGCUCUAUGUGGCCAACGAGAUUGGGCGCGAGGUUGUGUCAGCGUUGGGAGAGCUGGGCGUGAUGCAGUUCCGCGAUCUCAACCCCGAAACGACCGCCUUUCAGCGCACCUUCACGCAGGAGAUCCGCCGGCUGGACAAUGUUGAACGACAACUCACCUACUUCCGCUCGCAGAUUGAAAAGAACGGAAUCGAGAUGCGCUCCAUCUACGAGUUCAGCAACACCUUCGCCGCGCCAUCGGCCGCCGAAAUCGACGAACUGGCAGACCGCAGCCAGAGCUUGGAGCAGCGCAUACAGAGCUUGAACGAGAGCUAUGAGACUUUGAAGAAGCGAGAAAGCGAGCUUACCGAGUGGCGUUGGGUAUUGCGUGAGGCUGGCGGCUUCUUCGAUCGCGCUCGUGGACAGACCCAGGAGAUUCGACAGUCCAUUGACUCCUCCGAUGACUCCCCGUUGCUGUCGGAUGUUGAAAACGCCAAUGGAAAUGCCGAAGGCGGCCAGCAGAGCUUCAGCGUGAUGAAUAUUGGCUUCGUGGCUGGUGUGAUCCCUCGCGAGCGCAUGGGCGCCUUUGAGCGUAUACUCUGGCGUACCCUGCGUGGCAAUCUUUAUAUGAACCAGUCGGAGAUUCCAGAUGCUAUAUUGGACCCAGAGAAGAACGAAGAGGUGCACAAGAACGUGUUCGUCAUCUUUGCGCAUGGCAAGGAGAUUAUCGCGAAGAUCAGGAAGAUCUCUGAGAGCUUGGGUGCUGAUAUCUACAAUGUGGACGAGAACAGCGAACUGCGCCGAGACCAGAUUCACGAGGUCAACAGCCGUCUUCAGGAUCUUGGAAACGUUCUGGGAAACACAAAGAGGACUCUUGAUGCUGAACUCACGCAAAUCGGGCGCUCCCUGGCUGCCUGGAUGAUCGUCAUCAAAAAGGAAAAGAGCGUCUACCAGACCUUGAACACCUUCUCCUACGAUCCGGCACGCAAAACAUUGGUCGCGGAGGCAUGGGCCCCAACAUCAAAUCUAGGUUUGAUCAAGUCCACACUGCAGGACGUCAACGAUCGUGCCGGUCACUCAGUGCCCACCAUCGUCAACCAGAUCAGGACCUCCAAGACACCUCCAACCUACAACAAGACCAACAAAUUCACCCUCGGUUUCCAAACUAUCAUCGAUGCCUACGGUACUGCGAAGUACACCGAAGUCAACCCUGGUCUUCCGACUAUCGUCACGUUCCCCUUCCUGUUCGCUGUCAUGUUCGGAGAUUUUGGACAUGGAGCUAUCAUGACCCUUGCCGCCGUCGCCAUGAUCUACUUCGAGAAGCCGCUUCAGCGCGGCAAACAAGACGAGUUGUUCGGCAUGGCUUUCUAUGGACGAUACAUCAUGCUCAUGAUGGGAAUUUUUUCUAUGUAUACUGGACUGAUUUACUGCGAUGCUUUCUCCAAGGAAAUCCCUAUCUUCAAGAGUAUGUGGGAGUGGGACUUCCCGGACAACUACAAUUCCACCAAGGGUGGGACUGUUAAGGCACACCGUGUCGAGGGCUAUACCUACCCAUUCGGCCUCGACUGGAGGUGGCACGAUACAGACAAUGACCUUCUUUUCAGCAAUAGCUACAAGAUGAAACUGUCUAUCAUCAUGGGCUGGGCGCAUAUGACAUACUCCCUGUGCCUGUCUUACGUCAAUGCGCGCCACUUCAAGACGCCCAUCGAUAUUUGGGGCAACUUCAUUCCUGGUAUGAUAUUCUUCCAAGGCAUCUUUGGAUAUUUGGUUCUCACCAUUGUCUGGAAAUGGGUGGUUGACUGGUACGCCAUUGGUCAACAACCGCCAAACUUGCUAAACAUGCUUAUCUACAUGUUCUUGUCGCCUGGCACCGUUGAGGAGCAGCUCUACUCCGGACAAGGUGGGGUCCAGGUCGUGCUGGUACUGCUUGCUGUUGCCAUGGUGCCGAUCAUGCUGUUCUUGAAGCCUUUCUACCUCCGCUACGAGCACAACAAGGCUCGUGCUCAGGGCUAUCGUGGCAUCGGCGAGUCCACGGCAAUCAGCGCUCUUGACGAUCAAGACGAGUCCGGUUACGCGAACGGUGAUGCUGCGCGUCCCAGCUUCGCAGAGAGUGAUCUCGACGGUGCCGUCAUUACUCAAGAUAUCGGCCAUGGCGAAGGCCACGAAGAGUUCGAGUUCAGCGAAGUCAUGAUUCACCAGGUCAUCCACACAAUCGAGUUCUGCUUGAACUGUGUCUCGCAUACAGCCUCCUACCUUCGACUCUGGGCUCUGUCACUUGCUCACCAGCAGCUGUCCAUUGUAUUAUGGUCCAUGACGAUGAAGAAUGCAUUUGGCUUCACGGGAGCUGUGGGCGUGAUUGUCAUCUUCGUAGCAUUCGUCUUUUGGUUUGCGCUCACUAUUGCGGUCCUGGUUGUCAUGGAGGGAACCAGUGCCAUGUUGCACUCCCUUCGAUUGCAUUGGGUCGAAGCCAUGAGCAAACAUUUCAUUGGGGAGGGGAUAGCGUUUGAGCCUUUCAGUUUCAAGGCGAUGCUGGAUGAGGAAUUGACAGAACUGAAGUAAUGUUACAGUGCUUAGUUAGUGAGCUUAGUUUUGUACAUCUACCACUG